AUGAACAAGCGCAUUUUGCAUGUUGUCACCAACGUGGCACACUAUGAUGAUCCAUCCCACCCGACUGGCUUGUGGCUAUCUGAACUCACCCACGCUUGGCACGUCUUCGAAGAGCAUAGUUUUAAGCAGAGUAUCGUUAGCCCAACGGGGGACAGCGAAGGUCUGCAGCAGAUUACCCGGGAGAUUUUCGAACGAGGUGGCGUCGUAUCCUCUGUUUGCCACGGUUACUGUGGCCUACUGCACACUAAACUCUCGGAUGGGUCAUACCUGGUCGCUGGCCGCAAGAUGACCGGGUUCACCUGGCGGGAGGAGGUGCUUGCUUGCGUUAACAAGCUUGUGCCCUACAACGCUGAAGAAGAGGUAAAGAAGCGCGGCGCACACUACCAGUCGGCUAAGUUACCUUUCGUUUCUUACACGGUAGUGGAUGGAAAUCUGGUGACUGGACAGAAUCCGGGCUCGGCGAAAGAGACUGCGAACAAGGUCGUCACCGUCCUCAGCCAGCCACAGCGUGAUUCACUGUCUUAUUGA